CAAACGAAAUCCCAUUGCAUCCGAAUCCAGCACCCGGACUACCAAAAAACCUCCGAAUCCCCCCCUCCCCGCAGCCCAUCACAACCACCGAAAUCCACAACACCAACACACACGCACACCACCAUCGCUCUUCUGCCCUACGCAUCUUCGAUGUAGCAAAAAGGAAGAGGUUGGGCCAUUGCGUCAUUUCAACCAGAGAUGGCUGGACUAGGCGGUUUGUAUAUAUCUCCGGGCCCGGAGCGGACGGAUAGGCUACGCGAUGCGAGACUACGAGGCGCGGAGCGUGGGGGAAUGGACAACACAUACGUGCGCGCAAGGGAUGCGACGGAUGAUGUAGUUGACCUGUGCUGAUCUGCUGUAUAAAGCGGCAUUGCGGUGCUGUGCACAUAUCAGCCCUGUGCAUCUCUCGCCUGCCGCUUCUCGACACUCCACGUCCCCUGUCUACACGCACCCGUGAUGUACUCCUCCAUCUCCCUCGCCUCCCUUCUCGCACUUCUCGUCUCCCUCGUGCCAUACAUAGCUGCACAGGAUACGCUGUUCACGGUCAAUUGCGCGCCGCUCACAACGCAGCGCUCCGACCCGAUCCUCGUGCCAGGGGAGGCAUCUAGCCACGUGCACACCAUAAUUGGAGGAACGGCAUUUGCACGCACAGAGACGAACGAAGAUGCGGUGCGUGCGGCGGGCACGACGUGUGAUAAGAGCUUGGAUAACAGCAAUUAUUGGAUUCCGCAGCUGUAUCAUCAGGGGGAGGGUGGGCAGUUUGAGCUGGUGCCUAUGGCGACGGCGUCGGUGUACUACUUGAAUCGCGCGUGUGACUAUGCAAAGGACCGGACCGGAUGUGAUUACACGCAAUACGCGCGUGCGCCGCCAAAGGGGCUGCGGAUGAUUGCCGGGGACCUCAAGCGACGCACGUACAACGAUAGCGACUUCCGCGAGCGGGCUAUGAGCCAUGUAUGUCUGCGCGCCAACGGCCAGGAAGAUCUACACAUCGCAGACCUGCCGAAAGAGCAAUGCACGCGGAUCCGCAGCCAGGUGUUCUUCCCGAGCUGUUGGGACGGGGAGAAUCUAGACAGCAAGGACCAUAAAAGCCAUAUGGCGUAUCCGGCACUUGGGGACUACAACAUUGGCGUGUGUCCGGAAUCGCAUCCGGUGGGGAUAUUCUCGGUCUUCUUCGAGUUCUUCUACGAUACGAACGCGGUGAGGGAUUUCAAUAGGUAUGUGUAUGCGAUGGGCGACACGACCGGGUAUGGGCUGCACGGCGAUUUUAUCAAUGGCUGGACGGACCAGGAGAAGUUGCAGAAGGCCAUGUCUACGUGCACGGGUUCGGAUGGUAUCAACAGUGCGGGUUGCAGCUUGAAAGUGAAUGGGGAGACUGGGCAGGCUACUAGAAAGGACCCCGAGACGCCGGCACCGGAUGAGGAUGUUGGAUUAGAUGGACCUAUAAAAGCGCUGCCAGGUGACAAUCCAGUGAGCAUUUCAUCCAGUCCGCGGCAUGCCGGAGACUGGAGGCGUCAUACGAGACAUACGCGCCGUAGCUAUAAUCAAAGAUAG